AUGGAAGAGCAAAAGCCGUCUUCGGCACAGAAAAAACAAGGUAGUGAGAUUGAUGAGAUAUUUGGGGGAAAGAAAAGGAAGAAACCUGAAGCAGAAAAAACAGAAAAAUCUGCAGAUGUAACUAAGAGACCUAAGAAGAUAAAGAAGAAUAUGAAGAAGAAAACCAAAAGGUCAGAUGCUGGAGACUUUGCAGAUCCACCUUCUCGACCGAGAAAGACAACAGACGAUGGACUUGCCAUCUUCAGUGAAGAGGAGUUGGGUAUUAACAGAGCAGAUGCUGGAAAUACCCCACUUUGUCCAUUUGAUUGCUCCUGUUGCUUCUGA